AUGUAUGAUCUCGAGGCUGGCUCUUUCUCCAGACGUGAUAAGUACUCGAGAAGACUAACAUCGCGUUUCAGUACCAAUACUGCUCGGCCAUACUGCAACACCAUUUCCUUUGCAGACGGCAUCUUUGACUACUGGUGCAAUACGGCAGAUAUCUCGACCCCGCAAGCCGCGACGACCACUUACGCCGGCGGACCAGCGCGCAACUGGACACCGCUAGCCCUGACAGACGAUACGACAUCCAGCAGUGUCAUCCGACCAGCCAGCUCCGGAGUCAUCACAGGCACCGCCAGCGGUUCUGUAUCCGCGCCCUCUAUCACUACUUCUCCCGACAAUGACAAUAAUGGCGGGAUCAACAACAAUAACAACAGCAAGUCCUCAACCCCCGUCGGUGCCAUCGUCGGAGGCGUCAUCGGUGGCAUCGCCGUCCUCGCACUCAUCGGCUUUGGAAUCUUCUUUAUUCUCCGCAAGAAGAAGAAGACGCAGCAACCCCAACCCGGACCCGGAUCACAGGGUCAACCUCCGAUGAUGAGCCAGCAGCAGCAGCAGCAUCAACCACCCCCAAUGGGCUACGCUCCAGCGCCCCAAGGCUCGCCGGCACCGUAUGGCGCCCAAACGCAGACGCAAUCCUACUACGAGCCAAAGUACGACGGCCAGGGCGGAUACCCGCAACAAAACUACGGCAGCACGCCACCUCCUCCUCCUCAACAGGGCGGCGGCUACCAGCAACCCUACUACAACGGUAAUAUGGCGGUUCCCGAUCGUGCGGACACGACGAGCCCCAGUGCCAUGUCUCAGGGAACGCACAGCAACCGCCUCAGCACGCGACCCGUCAGCCCGAACCAUACGCAAGGUGGCUUCCAGCAAUUUGGCGGCGGUGGUGGGCAGCCGCAGCCGACUAUUCACGAGGCACCUGCUAGUGGUGAUGGACACAAGGGGCAGAUGCACGAGCUUGCGUAG